AUGGGUUCACCUUCUUCCUUUUGUGGAGUCACUUUGGUCGAUAGCCCAGUGGUUCGACUGGCAUUUGAAUUUGCCAAAGAGAACCUUGAUGAAGUGUCGUUUCGUCAUGUGUACCGUUCUUGGAUUUUUGGUGCCAUACUUGCCUCGAAAAUUCCAGCCUUUGCCAAAAUAAAUUUUGAGGUGCAUGCGAUAUCGACUCUUCUUCAUGAUCUUGCCUGGGAUCAUCUGAGCUCAUUUUCAACACCAGACAAGCGCUUUGAAGUUGAUGGGGCUAAUGCUGCCCGGAAAUUUUUAGAGCGAGAAGCACCACAAUUUGACAAUCGCCAGCUACAGCUUGUCUGGGACAGCAUUGCUCUACAUGCUACUCCGAGUAUUGCUCAACACAAGGAGCCCGAAGUUGCCCUCUGUACUAUGGGUAUCACAGUUGACUUUCUGGGAUCCCGUUUUCCUGGAGGUUUGAUCACGGAUGAUGAAUACAAUGCGGUAGUCAAAGAGUUACCCUCGGUUGAUUUUAAGGAGUCUGUUAAAAGAAAAAUGUGCGGGCUAUGUGCGAAUAAGCCUGAGACAACUUACGAUAAUUUCGUGAGGGACUUUGGUGAGCGGUUUGUGGUUGGAUAUUCCGCAAGAGUAAUAAACUCCGUCGAUAUAUUGCUAGGAGCGGAUUGGAGACGUGGACCUGUAGAAUAA